AUGUAUCACGACAACUCUUCAUCGCGAUCGCCAGGAUCGCAACGUCAUCCUCAAACCCUCCACAGGCAGCCAUCACGCCAGUUUGACGCGUACGGCCCGAUGCCCACGAAUCCUUAUGAUGAUCCGCUAGCGAGAUACGAUACCUCCCGGCUUGAUCGCCUCAACCCGCUCCACGGUGGCACAAAUUACGCUUAUGAACUUUCUGGUUCGCAGACCUGGAAUCCCAAUGGAUUCGCUGGUGGACAUUCUCUUGCUGGAAUCGGCUCUGCCACUGGUAGGAUGAAGCCUUCUCGAGGCAGGACUGGACUUCCAACGCCUUGGCUCGAUCAACAAUCAGGUGUCCCUCCGUCCUUGGCCGGCCUAGCCCCGGGUCCGCUCGCUGGUACACAAAUGCAGUCCUCUUCUAGCCAGGACGGAGAUGAUGAGCUGAUCCCUACUGCGAUCGUAAUCAAGAACAUUCCUUUUGCAGUCAAGAAGGAACAGCUCGUGCAACUGAUGACCGAGAUGAACCUUCCUCUUCCAUAUGCUUUUAAUUACCACUUCGACAACGGCGUUUUCCGUGGUCUUGCCUUUGCGAACUUUACAUCCGCCGAGGAAACUGCCACCGUGAUCGACAUGCUCAACCAUUUCGAACUCCAGGGUCGCAAAUUGCGCGUUGAAUAUAAAAAGAUGCUUCCACUACAGGAGCGGGAGCGUAUUGAACGGGAGAAGCGAGAGCGUCGCGGACAAUUAGAAGAGCAGCACCGGCCUAUUGCUGCAUCCCAGCUGCAGACACAAAGCUCCAUGUCUUCAUUAGCUUCGCACAUCCCGGCGACAUCGCCUUCACCGGUCUCGCAACGCGGACCAAAGCUUGAUGUCGAUUUGAACGAUAGCCAAACUUUGCAGUUCUACUCACAGAUGCUCUUAUUCAAGGAAGACAUGGGCCGCGAAGCUCUGAUAUUCCCGUCCAAUCUCACGCCAGUUCAGCGUCGAACGGUUCACACCCUUGCACACAACAUGGGCUUGAGCCAUGCGUCGCGAGGAACUGGGGAGCAGCGCCAAGUGCACGUCUUUCGCGCGCCCCCGGGCUCUAACGUCAGCCCGCCAUUGUCCUCGAUCCCCGCAACCGUACACGCCGCCGAAGCAUCUCGCCGUGGUUUGAACCGCGCUGCGACUAUCGAUUUCAGCGAGUCCCGCAGCGAGGGACCCGGUCCGUUCAGUACUAUGCGUGGACAGACAUCUGGAUUUCUAGGGGUACUGGAAUCGCCUGGAGGAUUCGGCAACCCACAGAACUUGCGGGCCGCCAAGUCGUUCGCUGAUUUGCGCUCCUACACACCGUCUCCAGUGCCGUCAUCUGCAAGCUUUCCUGCCACACUACAGACCAAUGGCGCACGCCUCCAGCAACAAUAUGAUGGUGCAGCAAGCGGCACGUCCAACACUCCUACUUUGACUCCUACACCGUCCGGUGCCUCCCUUGGUCUUCAGCGAGAUGAUGGACUUCUCGUCAACAGUCUUGGAGGCCUUUCCCUCGGCACGAGUCUCGGUGGCCCCGCUGGUAGUCCCAGACGCUUACGCGGGAUGUUUUCUUGGGAACAGGAUAACCAAGGUGCGCCAGCUGGAGCUAUUGGUAGCAAUCGCUCUAUCGGAGUCGGUUUUGACAACCAGUCUCAGGAACGUAUUCCUAUGCGACAGCCUCGAGGACCCGCUCCUGAGCGCGGCUCCGGAUUUAGACGCCAAAACGGCCACCAAUCGCGCGGCAGCGACGAACUUCGUACGGGGUCCGGCGUGGAAAUUAUUGUUGAGUAG